GAACAUAUGAUAAUAAUUCUUUUUCAAGACAUUUAUUUUUGAUAAAAUUAGUAUGGGAAAAUGGGAAUGGGAUGGAAAAAAAUGUUGACUUGGCUUAAUUUUUGUUCACAUGAGUCAUGCGCGUACUUAACAUACUUAUAUGUUCCUGACACCUGACAGAAGAUUUGAGUAGGAGGAGAUGGUAAAAAGUACUUGAUUCAAGCAGCUGUGUCAACGAGUUGUCAAAUUGUUCUCAUUACAACAAACUUGACAGCUUUUCUUAAAAUUAACGUUGCAUUUAACAUUGUAGAAGUGGAAAAUGGAAACAUACGAAAGUGUACUGCUGGUAAAGUCUGAAGUUUUUGUUUUUAAAAUACCACCGAGAGCAACUAAUAGGGGUUAUCGAGCAGCAGACUGGAAUUUACAGGAACCAACAUGGACAGGACGUAUGCGAUUAGUAUCGCAAGGAGACGCAGUCACAUUAAAACUAGAAGACAAAAUGAGUGGCGAAUUGUUUGCCAAAUGUCCCAUUGAACAGUAUCCAGGAAUUGCCGUCGAAGCAGUGACUGAUUCGUCGCGAUAUUUUGUUUUAAGAAUUCAGGACGAUAAUGGCCGAUCAGCGUUCAUUGGCGUUGGCUUUCUGGAUCGAUCCGAUAGUUUUGAUCUCAAUGUUGCCUUGCAGGAUCAUUUCAAGUGGCUCAAAAAUCGAGAUCAAAUUGAGAAAGAGAAGGAAAAACCAAAACAGGAACUAGACCUUCGAUUCAAAGAAGGGGAAACUAUCAAAAUCGAUAUGAAAAUCACAAAAAAAGAUGGAAGUGAAGUGUCAUCGAAAUCGAAACAACGAACCAGCACUGGAAUCGGUCUUCCACCACCUCCGGGAAGUAUCAAAAUUGCUCCACCGCCAGCAAAAACGCCAACUUCCUCGCCAGCUCAUAAACCAGCGCAAGGUGAAAAAACACCGAAUAAUCCAGAAUGGGGUGAAUUUGCGAGUGCAUCACAACAACAACAACAACAACAACAACAAUCAGUGGCUUCUGCACCACCAACAACCAACGCAAGCUGGGUACAAUUCUAAUUCAUUCUAAAUAACGUUCACAAUUUAAAGAUAGUUUUAAAAGAAAAAAAAAAAGAAUUUCUAUGAUAUGUAUAUUUGAAAUAGUAAUGUUAUAGUAAUAGAGCCUUCUAGAAAUGAUGUUUGAUUAGAACGAGUCAAGACAAUUAUUUUCUUAAAUUUUUUUCUUGAUCUCGUUUCGAAAGAAAACAAAAGUUCACAAAAGUUCUCCAUUAAGUUAGUUCACAAAUAUCGAUUGAAAGCAACAUGAAUGAAAUUAUUCUAUAUACACGUAACAAUUGAAUACCUGAGAUUACUCAACAUUCUCAGAAAUGUCAGUUAUAUUUAAUAUUCACUCUUAUAUAGACUAUAGAAAAGUGAGUGAUGAGCGUUUAAAUUUAUAUUAGUUGAAAAUAUUUGUAAAGCUCUAUCGCUAAUGUUUAAUAUAUAUAAAUAUAUAAAAAUAGGUAUAUUAUAGUAAUGCGUACAACGCACAGAUCAUUUUCAAAAAAAAUAUACUGUGCUUUCAAAAAAAUAUCACAGAAAGCAAAAAAUAGAAAAGUAUUUCUUAGAUUUCGUUUUAUUUAAAAAAAAAAAAAAGACGAGGUAAUUUUUUUCCAUUUAGCCACAAUGGCAGUACACGUAUAAAUGAUUAUUAAAUAAAAAUUCAAAAUUAAUUAUUUUUAUACAAAAGUAUUAGAGAGAGAAGGAGAGAGAGUAGCAGAGGCACUUUAAUGUUAAAUUUACAUAAAUAACACUUUACGGAAUUAAGAAUUUUCGUAAAAGACAUUAUCAAGUAACAUUCUCUUCUUUUUUCCAUUAUCUCUCUUCGAUAGUCACGUAGUGAGAAAACUAUUUUUUACUUUUAAAAAAUUAUAUACAUUUCAUUAUUAUUAAUUUUUUAUUGCAAGAUUAAUAUUUCAUUUUUGAUAAAAAUGAUAAUUCCUUUUUCAUUGUCUUAUUUGUGCACUUCAGUAUUUUUCGGUUUAAAAACAAUUAAUUAAUUUUUUAAUAACAAUAAUGCACAAAGAUAAUUUGUUUCGCUAUUAAAAGAAAAAUUACUGUAAAUUAUUGAUAAUGCUGAAUAUUUAUUUUGCUAGAUCUUAAUAUGCUUGCCUAACACUAGAAACACAAUAAAGUAAAAUAGUUUCACUUUUUUUAGAUUGUUUCACGACCUUCUUUUCUUUAGAAAGUUAGUAAAAAAAUACACAAAUUCUCUUUAAACAAAAGAAGGUUUUAAAAGAUGAAAAUUGUUUAUAGAAAGUGAUAUGAUAAAAAAAUAAUUAGUAAUAUAGUCUUGUGUAUAAAAAUAAUACAAAUAUUAAAAAAAAAAAUCUCUAUAGAGAGCUUUACACUUGUUUUUCAUAAACAUAAUUUACGUUUCAGUAUAGUUGAUAAAAAAAACAUUGUUUUUUUCCUGAUAAAUGUCACGACAAUUUUAUUCCAUAUACGAUUGUAUAAAUUCAAUCGAUAAACAAUUAUUUAUCAAAUGUGUUAAUUAAGUGGCCUAAAUAUAUUGUUAGGUCUCUUAAUUUUAAAUAUAAGUGAAAAUAUUCUAUUAUUUCUGUAGUGAAGUUAUUUUUUUUAGAGAUAUCAAACCUUUUUUCUGAUAAAUUAAAGAAAAUUUUUUUUAAACUAUUUCUAUUUAACUGCUAUUAACAAACAAAUUAUCAAUUAUUGUAAAAAUUGCUUAUGUCUCUCGUCAUUAAGUUAUUUGUUGAUGCCUGUACAUUAACAGUAUUUUGUUAAUUUAAAGAAAGAAAAAAUGAAAAAUGCUAUGUGAAUUUUAUUUGUCAUGCAUGAAAAUGUCUAAUUUUACAACGUUAUAGAAAUAAAGAAUAUGUCUUUACUGAAAAA